CCCCGCAUGAGAGCGCUCCGGUCAAUUGUUGUAACGCUUGGAUGUUAGGGUACCUAUACUGUACGAACAAAAGUUCUUGUUGAGACUUUGACUCUCUGUGAAUUUUACAUAGUUUGUUUAGUUUUCUCUUAAGGCUUUCUAAUGAGCAUGGCUGAUAUAAGUAAAGAAGACUUAAGAAAAGAAAUUGAUGGCAUCCUUGAAGGGGCUGAUUUAGACACACUGUCUUCUAAAAAAGUUCGGCAACAGUUGGAGGAAAAACUAAAAUUCGACCUCAGUGACAGGAAAAAGGAAAUUGAUGAAAUGGUCAUGGAGGCAGUAGAAAAGAAACCCCAUAUAGAAGAUGACACAUCCCCUAAAAGUAAACGAGAAGAUGCCAAAGAGGAAUCUAAUAAAGAGCCUGCAGCAAAGAAGAAGAAACCUGCAAAACUGGACCAAUCUGUGGAUGAAGAGGAUGAAAACUCAGAAAGUGAAGGAGAUGAUGAUGAAGAAGAAGAGGAAGAUGAUGAAGAUGAAGAUGAGUACAUACCUGAUAAAGAAGAAGUUUCUCCUAAAAAAAGACCAGCAAGACAACAAGAAAGGCGCCAGCCUGCCCGGAAAGCACCAUCGGAAAGCCCUGAAGCAAAAACAAAAGCGCGACCUGCUCGAUCAAUUGCUGAAGAAAAGAAAUCCAAAGCCCCAAUCACCAAAUCUAGUGAUUCGGAGGGGAAGUCAGCGGAAUCUGAAGAAUCUGAGGAAGAAUCGGGAUCGGACGUUGCCCCAGCACCACCCCCCAAAAAAGCACCGACACCCCGUGGAAGAAAGCCUCAAUCUAAACCCGUCCCAGUGGACGAGGACAGCGAAGAAAGUGAUACUGCUCCUAAAAAAGUAACGCCUAAGAAACGUCAACAAGAGUCUGGCAGUGAAUACGAAGAGUUUGACGAAGAAAACUCCGAAAGUAGCGAUGGAGGUAGUGAUGAGUCGUACAGUCCAGGAAAGAAGUCUCCUGGGAAAAAAAGAGGUCGUAGUGCUGGAAGGGGGGCUGUCGGCGGUAAGAAGAAGCGUGCUGAUAGUUCGGAUCCCGAUGACUCCGAUGAAGACUGGAAAAAAGCCUCCAAAAAGAAAAGAGGAACCCCAGCCAAGAAAGGAGAAGGUUCUACGACUGCUAAAGCAAGAACACCAAAGGGAGGAGUAAAAGCUGUUAAACUUAGUCCUGAGUUGUCAGAUAUUAUGGGAACCGAGUCCAUGCCUCGUCCGGAAGUUGUAAAAAAAAUGUGGUCUAUAAUCAAGGAAAGAAACCUAUAUGAUCCCAAGAACAAACAGUUUGCGGUUUGUGACGAACAAUUACAGAAAGUUUUUGGCGUUAAGAGAUUUCGUACAUUCGGCAUGAUGAAGUACCUCAAAGCUCAUUUCAUUGAUUAAAUUGAUCGGGAAAGUAAGCUUUUAAAGAUAAGGGAUCAAAAGCUGGCGUGCACACUGCGGAAUGAAUUAAGCUAUUAAGAAUGAAUUAAGCGAUAGCAAAACAAAUGCGACAUUUUUCUAUUUUAUUUUAUUUUAUUUUUCUUCCUUUUUGCGGGAUAUAAAAAACUAUCCUACGCGCCGUUUUGGAGUUGACGUAGAGUCCAUCCGCAAGGUGCCAGUUGUUGAAUGGUAUCAUUGAUCGCUGUACUCAUUUUACUGGAAGUUCUCGGUUUAAAUGUUUGCUUUGAAAAAUCUGAAAAGAAGUUGUCGUACGAUUCUGAUGGUGCGUGAUGGUAGAUGCAAGUUCGUUUAUCUCUUCUCUCGCUUUUAGUUUUGUGGAAAAAAGGAGAGAUUGAUUGGACAGGUUGAUUGUAUUUCUCUUACAUGUUCUUCUACAAUUUCACAUCGGGGUUCGUGUUUUUCCAUCCCUAUGCAUGUUUUCAAUCCUUGACCAUUUGAGAAAUUCAAAAGCAUAAUACACAUACAAACCUUA